AUGGCAGAACUAAAACAAGUAACAUUCACACCAGAUAUAUUAGCAAGAAUAGCACCAGAUAUAUCAUUACAAAGACAUUUAUCAAUAGGUAUAAGACCAAAUUUACGAAAUUUUCAAGAAUUUAAAUCAGUAGAGUAUUCAAACAAUAGUAAUUUAAAACAAGAACAAAAUAAUAUAUUUGGAUCAUCAAUUUUAAAAAGUGGAUCGACUACUAUUAUAAAUACUAUAAGUUUAGGAAUAGUUGAAGAAUUAAAUUCUAAAGAAGAUUAUCAUACUGUAUACCCACAAAUUGAAAUAUUAAGAGGUAGAUCUGGUGCUCCUACUGAUGAAGAAAUGAUUAUUAGUCAAGAUUUAUUUGAAAUUUUUAGAAAAGUCAAAAUCAUACCUAGUGAAUCAUUAGUUGUGAAAAAUUUAGGUAUAGCUAUAAAAGAUGAAGAAACUUUAAAAGAAGAAACAAUAUAUCCUGAUUUACAACAAGAACAAUUCCAAUAUAUAAAUCAAUCAUCACAUUUAAAUAAACCAUAUUCAUAUGUUAUACUUGUAAAUAUUAAAAUAUAUUCAAGAGAAAUUUCAACAAAUUCAAUAUUUGAUUUAUGUUUUCUUUCAAUAUUGAAAUCAUUACAAAUACUUCAAUUACCAAGAGUUUAUUUAGAUGAUUCAAUAAAUACUAAAGUUUCAAUAAAAUCAAGAAAAUCAAAUCAAAGAAGUAUGAUAAAUUCUUCAAAACCAAUAUUAAAUUUUGAUUUAAGAGAUGAUUAUAAAUUUAAAUUAAAUCUAACAGUAGAUCCAAAUACAAUAUCUUCAAAUUUUGGAAUUAUUAAAAAAGAAAAAUCAUUAUCUAAUCCAAUUCCACAACAUGAUGAUAAUGAUGAAAUGGAAAUAGAUCAACCACAACAAAAUGAUACUAUUUUAUUAACUGAUUUAGAAGGCGAAGCUGAAGAAUCUUCAGUAUUAUCAAGAAUUUCAAUUAUAAAUAAUCCAACUCAUAUAAAUAAAAUAAGUUUAAUUAAUAAUAAUAAUGGUGAUAUAAGUUUAGAUAUUUUGAAAAAAGCUAUUGAAAUUUCAAAAAAUAGAGCUAAACAUAUGAAUGAAAAUUUAUAG